AAGUAAUUGACUCCUUAACCGCUGGUUUAGCGAGAGAGUCCUUUUCAAACUUCGCCAGCAAUACCGUACCAAUUUUUACUCUGCAAGAAUAUACUUCCCCCUUGUCUCUGCAAAUACCUUUUCUCCCAAUUUCUUGAUUUUUUUUGUUCUGUAAUGUCAAUGGAGUUUUUUCUUUACCUCGAAUCUUUAUUCACUUUAAUUUUUUCUCUUCUCGUUUCUUUUCUUCUCGCUAAUCUUUUCUCCGUAGUAUAUGACGACGAUGAUUUGAACAAGAAAAAAAUUCAACGAAAUUUCAAAGAAUCCGAAACAAAAAUCGGAUUCGUUUCAACUAUUGUUGAUGAAUUAGUCGAUCGAUCAACGGAGACGAUCGUUUUAGAUUCGAAAACUAGUGAAUGUGAUCAUCAGAAUGAAAAUUCUGAGAUCGAUCAUGAGGAGGAAGACGAUGAAGAUGAUGAUGAUGAUUGGGAAGGAAUCGAGAGGAGUGAGUUGGAGAGGGUUUUCGGAGCGGCGGUGGGUUAUGUUGGUUCGAUAAGUAAUGCAGGUGAUCGGAAAUUAAGUCUGGGCCGGGAUUUGAAGUUGCAGCUUUAUGGGCUGCAUAAGAUUGCUACGGAAGGACCUUGCCUUGUUCCUCAGCCGAAUCCGUUGAAAGUUUCAGCUCGAGCAAAGUGGAAUGCAUGGCAACAACUUGGAGACAUAAGUCCUGAGGUAGCUAUGGAACAAUAUAUCAACCUUCUUUGGAACAAUAUUCCUGAAUGGAAGGGACAUGAUUUUGAGGAAAAUGGUAAGCAGAAUUUUGUAGAAGAUGAUGUAUCUAGAAAUUUAACUUCUGAUUUAAAGUCCUCUCCUGCUGAGAGCAUGAUCUUGCAGCUUCAAAGUGGCAACAAGGAGGGGUUAUCUUAGAAGAGGCAGCUGCUAGCAUGUCGCUUGCCAAUUAAGAAUCAACAUUUUAUUUUUCUACUUGGUUCAAGUAAAUUAUUAUUGGAAAGAGUAUAACUAGUUUAGAUCAGCUCCUCAAUUGUUUGGCACUUUGGCUCCUUUUUUAAAAUCAUGUAAAUACUUUUCAGAAGUUGAGAAACUUUGUAAAUAAUAAUGGAAAGUGAAAAAGUAAAUUUAAAACC